AGAAGAUGAGGGAGGGGCGGUGCUGCCCCUUUAAGAGGCGGUGGCGGAGCCAGGACCUUUUCUCUUUCCCCGGAAGGAAAGCGGAGCCCGGGCUGGGCUCGCAAGCCCGGCUCACAGCCAUGGGCCCCGGCCCCCGCCGCGCCGCCCGGGUUCCGCGCCCGAUGCUCUGUGCGCUUGCUUUGAUGGUGGCCGCCAGCGGCCGCGUCGCCUCCGCCUUCAACCUGGACACCCGAUUCCUGGUAGUGAAGGAGGCCGAGAACCCGGGCAGCCUCUUCGGCUACUCGGUCGCCCUCCAUCGGCAGACGGAGCGGCAGCAGCGCUACCUGCUUCUGGCUGGUGCCCCCCGGGACCUCGCUGUUCCUGAUGGCUAUACCAACCGGACUGGUGCUGUUUACCUGUGCCCACUCACUGCCCACAAGAAUGACUGUCAGCGGAUGGACAUCACAGAGAAAAGUGACCCUGACCAUCACAUUAUUGAGGACAUGUGGCUUGGGGUGACUGUGGCCAGCCAGGGCCCUGCGGGCAGAGUCCUGGUCUGUGCCCACCGCUACACCCAGGUGCUGUGGUCAGGUGUGGAGGACCAGCGGCGCAUGGUGGGCAAGUGCUACGUGCGGGGCAACGACCUACAGUUGGACCCCACUGAUGACUGGCAGACCUACCACAACGAGAUGUGUAAUAGCAACACCAACUACCUGCAGACAGGCAUGUGCCAGCUGGGCACCAGCGGCGGCUUCACCCAGAACACCGUGUACUUCGGUGCUCCUGGUGCCUACAACUGGAAAGGAAACAGCUACAUGAUUCAGCGGAAGGACUGGGAUUUAUCUGAAUAUAGCUAUAAGGAACCAGAGAAACAAGGGAACCUCUACAUUGGGUACACGGUGCAGGUAGGCAGCAACAUCCUGCACCCCACGGACAUCACCAUUGUGACAGGGGCCCCACGGCACCAACAUAAGGGCGCUGUCUUCUUGCUGAGCCAGGAGGCAGGUGGAGACCUGAGGAGGAAACAGGUGCUGGAGGGCACGCAGGUGGGCGCCUAUUUUGGCAGCGCCAUUGCCCUGGCAGACCUGAACAAUGAUGGGUGGCAAGACCUUCUGGUGGGUGCCCCCUACUACUUUGAGCGGAAAGAGGAGGUAGGGGGUGCCAUCUAUGUCUUCAUGAAUGAGGCGGGUGCCUCCUUCCCUGCUCUCCCUUCCCUCCUUCUUCACGGCCCCAGUCACUCCGCCUUUGGCUUCUCUGUGGCCAGCAUUGGUGACAUCAACCAGGAUGGAUUCCAGGACAUUGCUGUGGGGGCUCCGUUUGAUGGCUUGGGCAAAGUGUACAUCUACCACAGCAGCUCCAGGGGACUCCUCAGACAGCCCCAGCAGGUAGUCGAUGGGGAGAAGCUGGGACUGCCUGGCUUGGCCACCUUCGGCUACUCCCUGAGCGGGCGGAUGGACGUGGAUGAGAACUUCUACCCGGACCUGCUGGUGGGGUCUCUGUCAGACCGCAUCGUGCUGCUGCGGGCACGGCCUGUCAUCAACAUCCUCCAUAGGACCUUUGUGGCCCUGCCAUCUGUGCUGGACCCUGCACUUUGCACAACCACCUCCUGUGUGCAGGUGGAGCUGUGCUUUGCUUACAACCAGAGUGCUGGGAACCCCAACUACAGGCGAAACAUCACCCUGGCCUACACGUUGGAGGCCGACCGAGACCGUCGCCCACCCCGGCUUCGCUUUGCCCUCAGCCAGUCAGCUGUCUUCCAUGGCUUCUUCUCCAUGCCAGAUAUGCGCUGCCAGACGCUGGAACUGCUCCUGAUGGACAACGUCCGCGACAAACUCCGUCCCAUCAUCAUCUCCAUGAACUACUCCUUACCUCUGCGGAUGCCCGACAAGCCCCGGCUGGGCCUGAGGUCCCUCGAUGCCUACCCGGUCCUCAACCAGGCGCAGGCGCUGGAGAACCACACCGAAGUUCAGUUCCAGAAGGAGUGCGGGCAGGACAAUAAGUGCGACAGCAAUUUGCAGAUGCAAGCGGCCUUCGAGUCUGAGCUGGGGCAGCGGCUGAGCAGGCUCCAGUACAGCAGAGACGUCCGGAAACUGCUCCUGAGCAUCAACGUGACCAACGCCCCCAGCCGGAAGCGGGCUGGGGAAGAUGCCCACGAGGCCCUGCUUACCCUGGAGGUGCCCCCCGCCCUGCUGCUGUCCUCCGUGCGCCCCCCUGGAGCCUGCCAGGCCAACGAGACCAUCGUUUGUGAGCUGGGGAACCCCUUCAAAAGGAACCAGAGGAUGGAGCUGCUCAUCGCCUUCGAGGUCAUUGGGGUGACCCUGCACACAAGGGAACUCCAGGUGCAGCUGCAGCUCUCCACGUCAAGUCACCAGGACAACCUGCAGCCCGUGACCCUGCCUCUGCUGGUGGACUACACACUCCAGGCCUCACUCAGCAUGGUGAGUCACCGGCUACAGAGCUUCUUUGGGGGGACAGUGGUGGGCGAGUCUGGCAUGAAAACCGUGGAAGAUGUGGGAAGCCCUCUCAAAUAUGAGUUCCAGGUGGGCCCAGUGGGGGAAGGGCUGGCAGCCCUAGGGACCCUGGUCCUAGGGCUGGAGUGGCCCUAUGAAGUCAUCAAUGGCAAGUGGCUGCUGUACCCCACGGAGAUCACUGUCCGCGGCAAUGGGACCUGGCCCUGCCGACCACCUGGAGACCUUGUCAACCCUCUUAAUCUCACCCUCUCUGUCUCUGGGGACAGGCGGACAUCUCCACAGCGCAGGCGACGACGGCUGGAUCCAGGGGGAGACCAGGACCUCCCACCUGUCACCUUGGCUGCUGCCAAAAAAGCCAAGUCUGAGACCCAGCUGAGCUGUGGCAGCGACCGCACCCGCUGUGUGUGGCUGGAGUGCCCCAUUCCUGAUGCGCCCGUCAUCACCAACGUGACAGUGCAGGCACGAGUGUGGAACAGCACUUUCAUCGAGGAUUAUAGAGACUUUGACCGAGUCAGGGUUGCCAGCUGGGCUACGCUGUUCCUCCGGACCAGCGUUCCGACCAUCAACAUGGAGAACAAGACUGUGCGGUUCUCCGUGGACAUUGACUCUGACCUCGUGGAGGAGCUGCCAGCUGAGAUUGAGCUGUGGCUGGUGCUUGUGGCUGUGAGUGCCGGGCUGCUGCUGCUGGGGCUGAUCAUCCUCCUGUUGUGGAAGUGCGGCUUCUUCAAGCGAGCCCGCACUCGCGCCCUGUAUGAAGCUAAGAGACAGAAGGCGGAGAUGAAGAGCCAGCCGUCAGAGACAGAGAGGCUGACCGACGACUACUGAGGGGGGCAGCCCCCUGCCCCCAGCCCACCCGGUGUGACUUCUUUAAGCGGAGGCACUAUUACCGGAUCAUGCCCAAGUACCAUGCGGUGCGGAUCCGGGAGGAGGAGCGCUACCCGCCUCCAGGGACUACCCUUCCCACCAAGAAGCACUGGGUGACCAGCUGGCAGACUCGGGACCGAUACUACUGACAUCCUCCCUGACCCCACCCCUGCUCCUCCAGUGCCCCUUCUAUUUAUCAUAAGCUAUGCCCCUGACAGUCCACAGGGGCCACUGCCUUUGGCUGGCACCAGCAGGCUCGGGCACACGCUCUUCUUAAAGCUCAUGCAUGGGCGCCUGGCCGUGGGCUUCUUCCCAUGGGAGAGCUGGGGCCAUGGACCUUGCAGUGCCAAGCACACCGCAGCCCUGUGCCUUGGACACAUGGGUCUCACUGCUUGUGGACUGUGCUCAUACACCAUGAUGGUGAAUGGACAUGAGUGUCCCAGCCUCUGCCUGCACCAAAACCAAGCCAAAAGGCCUCCAAUGUGGGGACACCUCCCCCAUUCACACUGGACCCAUCUUGAGCCAUAGUCACUGGACUGACUCUAUUAUUGAGAUGAAAACUACUGACAGGGAGCACCCCACCAGGCCCCCAGCUGCAGCGCCAGAGAGCAGUGGGCCUGCCUGAGGCGCUCUGAGGAGGCGUUGGCAGGGCCUGGCAUGCUCAGACCCAAGAGCAGAAUGAACUGGAAAAAAAGUCCUCAGGAUGGCUUUCUUCCACGGAUCUUUGCAAAGCCUCUCUCCUCAGCCACAGCCCUCACUGGCAAGGGGUGAGCUGCAGGAACAAAGAUGGACAAGCCACUUGACAGCCUGAUCUUGCUGUGCUGGGAGUGCCCUGGGAUCCCCAACAGAGGAGGGGACCAGUCCUGGGCCAAGGAGAUGUUGGAAGGAUACAGAGGAGAUACCUCCUCUCACCCACCACUACCAUCCCGGCCUCUGAAGGCCUGGAGAGACCCCCACAAGAUCACAGAGAGAGCGACACUUGAAUGUAGAAAAGGGAGGUAGCCCUGUCCCUGCCCCAUUGGCCAGAACCCACUCUACCCCCACUGACCAUGACUUGGGGACCUAUAAGUGAGAGAUUCUUGGCUAUUGGCUUUCAGAGCCAACCUGGCUGUGCCGCCUCCCCCAUGGGCUGAGUCCUGAAAACCUAGAAGUUGGGGCUGGUUCCAGAAAACCUCUCCUAACCCCUGCCUACUGGCAGGCCUCCCCCUCCGGUCCCUGCCCUUCCACGGUACUGUAGCAGGGGAGUGCCCUCCCCCCUCCUUGUGCCUUCUUUGUAUAUAGGCUUCUCACACAACCAAUAAACAGCUUCCAGUUUGUA